AUGGCGACGAUCGGUCCCCAGCUUCCUGCGAGCGCGCCGAGACGCUCCAGAUCUGGAUCAGACUCCGAGUCUUCUCGCUCAUCGUUCGCCUCUUCCUCCUCAUCGCGGUCUGCCUCACCAUCCAGAUCUGACGCUUCUUCCCGACAGCAACCACGAUGCGCCGUCGCCGGACCUCACUUGCCCUCCAACUUCACCCGCUCUCGGACCAGAUCACCAUCAGCCGCGCCUUCAGAGACCGUCUCAUCAGAUGACGAAGCCGGGCCAUCCGUCGGUCCAACACUCCCCACCCACGCUUCCUCCUCGCAGAACAACGGCCUCAGCGAAGGCGCCAGACUCUUCCUAGAGCGAGAAGCGCGCAAGCAAGCAGCAGAAGACGAGGCGAAGCUGGCGGCGGAGAAAGCCGCCAACUCUCGACCCGAAUGGAUGCUGCUUCCACCUUCGCUGUCGAAUGCGUCGUCGUUGCAGGCGGUGGCAGGAGAUCCGCUGAAUCUCAAGUCACGAGGAUUUGCACAGACUACACCGAGGGUGUCUGCCCGCGGAGGCGGUGCGGCUGCGGAGGAUGCUGAUACGAGCGUCUGGACGGAGACGCCAGAGGAGAGGUUGAAGAGGAUGCAGGACGAGGUUUCGGGUGUCAAGGGCAAGACUGCAACGGGCUUGAGCGACAAGGAGAGGUUGAAGAGGGAGAGGCAGACGAGGAGGGAUCGAGAUAUUGCCAAAGCAGUCGCGGAUGGGAGGAGCGGGAAGAAGAGUUUAGUUGAAGAGCAUAAUGAGAGGAGGAGGCGGGAGUUGAGGGACAAACGGGAGGAUGACGCACGAGAAGAGAGGAGAAGGGAGAAGCGGAGAAAGCGAGAUGACGACGACGACAGAGGAGAGAAAGGAGCUUCUCGACACAGCCGCAAUGACGACCGAGACCGUCGGCGGCGUCACCGAUCGCGAUCAAGGUCGAGGUCGAGGUCGCCAGAUGCGCGUCACAAAGCCAAAGAUCGACACGAACGAGGACAUCGCCAUCGGAGUUCCCGACAAGACGAUCCACACCGUUCUCACGGGAGCUCACGCCACAAACGUUCGGAUGCUUCCGACGACGAAGAAGAACAACGGCGACGGGAAAGGAGAAAGCGAAAAGACCCGCACCGGUCUCGCGACAAGGAUCGAGACGGGCGAAAGGAGAGCGAUCGAGACCGUGAGAAGGAGCGCAAGAGCCACAAGUCACGCAAGCAGAGGGAGGAGGAAGACGUUCGUUCUGGCAAAGCGGCAGCUCCGAUGAUCUGGGAUCGCGAUGCAGCACUCAGUGUCGGAGGAAGACUGAUGGACGAGGCUAAGCGAGGAAAGAUGAUGGCCGACGCCAAUUCUCUAGGUGACCGGUUUGGCAGUGGUUCUCGACGGUUUUUGUAG